GCCGGUGAGUGUUAGGCGGGUUGUGGCGGGCAAUCCGCAGCCAUCCGUGCCUAGGCCGCGAGGCUCUCUGUCCCGGGGCCCCGAGACUGUCCUGCUGGCCCGACAUUAUCCAGGGCCAUUGCGGGAUGGGGGGCAGUGGCGAUCCCGUUGAUUAAAUAGUCCGAAAGUAACGCUCGUUAGACCCCCGGCCAGUUGGAGGGGUUCGGCAAUGCGAGGGCCGCCCUAGUUUGCAGGCUCAGCCAAAAUGAAGUUCAAUCCAUUUGUGACUUCUGACCGGAGCAAGAACCGCAAACGACAUUUCAAUGCACCUUCUCACAUUCGGAGGAAGAUCAUGUCUUCCCCCCUUUCCAAAGAGCUGAGACAGAAGUACAAUGUUCGCUCAAUGCCCAUUCGAAAGGAUGACGAAGUUCAGGUUGUCCGGGGACACUACAAAGGCCAGCAGAUUGGCAAAGUGGUCCAAGUAUACAGGAAGAAAUACGUCAUCUACAUUGAACGGGUGCAGCGGGAAAAGGCUAAUGGCACAACUGUCCAUGUGGGCAUCCACCCCAGCAAGGUGGUGAUCACCAGGCUAAAGCUGGACAAAGACCGAAAGAAGAUCCUGGAAAGGAAAGCCAAGUCUCGACAAGUAAGAAAAGAGAAGGGCAAAUACAAGGAAGAAACGAUUGAGAAGAUGCAGGAGUAGGGGCGUCUCAUACAGUUUUCAUUAAAGACUGCUUGAGUAGU